AUGGAGGGUGAGAGGAAGUACAUUACUGUUGAGCAGCUGAAGCUGCACAAGCAGCCUGGGGACUUGUGGAUCUCCAUCAAGGGUAAGGUUUACAAUGUCUCUGAUUGGGCCAAAGAUCACCCAGGUGGGGAAGCCGUUCUCUUCAAUAUGGCUGGCCAAGAUGUCACUGAUGGAUUCAUAGCAUACCAUCCUGCCUCCGCAUGGCAGUACCUGGGAAAAUUCUUUACUGGGUAUUAUCUAAAAGAUUUCCAGAUCUCAGAGGUGUCCAAGGACUAUAGGAAACUUGCUUCAGAGUUUAACCAAUUGGGUUUGUUUGAAAACAAAGGGCAUGGGGCUCUUUACUCUGUGAUAAGUCUUGUGGUAAUGCUUUCCCUUGUUGUCUAUGGUGUAUUGAAGUCUGAGAGUGUGUUGGUCCAUUUGGGUUGUGGUUUGUUGUUGGGGGUCCUCUGGGUUCAGGCUGCCUAUAUGGGUCAUGACUCUGGCCAUUACCAGGUCAUGUCGAGCCGGACCUACAACAAAAUGGCUCAGUUUGUGGCUGGAAAUUGCCUUACUGGGAUCAGUAUUGCUUGGUGGAAAUGGACUCACAAUGCCCACCAUAUUGCCUGCAACAGCCUUGAUUAUGAUCCUGAUCUUCAACACAUGCCAGUCUUUGCAGUGUCCACAAAAUUCUUUCAUUCAAUAACAUCAGUCUUUUAUGGAAGAGAGCUAACCUUUGAUCCUGUGGCUAGAUUUUUAGUCAGCCACCAGCAUUUUACAUAUUAUCCUAUCAUGAUUGUUGGAAGGGUUAACUUGUUUAUACAGACCUUCUUGUUAUUGUUCUCGAAGAGAAGCAUCCCAGAUAGAGGUUUGAACAUAUUGGGAAUCCUUGUUUUCUGGACUUGGUUUCCUCUCCUUGUUUCAUGUCUGCCCAAUUGGAGCGAGAGGGUGAUGUUUGUGCUUGCCAGCUUUGCAGUGACAGCACUUCAGCACAUUCAGUUCACUUUGAACCAUUUCACCGGAGAUACUUAUCUUGGACCACCAACUGGGAAUGAUUGGUUUGAGAAGCAGACAGCUGGUACUGUGGAUAUUUCUUGCUCAAGUUGGAUGGACUGGUUCUAUGGUGGGCUACAGUUUCAGCUUGAGCACCAUUUGUUCCCCCGACUACCCCGUUCCCAGCUUAGGAAGAUUUCUCCUACUGUGAAGGACCUAUGCAAGAAGCACAAUUUACCUUACAAGAGUUUGUCCUUCUGGGAUGCCAAUGUAACCACUAUUAGGCUUCUAAGGUCUGCUGCCCGGAAGGCUUGGGACAUGGAUCUUCCAAUCCCGAAGAACUUGGCCUGGGAAGCUGUUAAUACCCAUGGCUGA